CAUUCGCUGGAUCCGUGCUCCUACGCACCUACUUGGCGUUACUCCGCCGUGUCGGUCGAUCGCUUCCUUUUUAAGCGUCCUGCCGCUUUCUUGGAUCGGAUCUCGGUCGUCGUCGGCCAUGGCGACGGCGGCGGCGGUGUUGGUCGGAGUGGUGGUGAUCAUGGCGGCGGCGGCGGUGGAUGGGCUCGGGGUGAACUGGGGCACCAUGGCGACGCACCGGCUGCCGCCCAAGGUGAUGGCGCGGCUGCUCAAGGACAAUGGGUUCAAGAAGGUGAAGAUCUUCGACGCCGACGCGACCACCAUGUCGGGGCUCGCCGGCACCGGCAUCGAGACGAUGAUCGCCGUCCCGAAUGAUAUGCUCGCCGCCGUCGGCGACUACGGCCGCGCGAGGGAGUGGGUGAAGGAGAACGUCACCAAGUACAGCUUCGAUGGCGGCGUCAACAUCAGGUACGUCGCCGUCGGGAACGAGCCGUUUUUGAAGGCCUACAAUGGCAUGUUCGACCAUGUCACCGUGCCGGCGCUGAAGAACAUCCAGCGCGCGCUGAACGAGGCCGGGUACGGGAAGGAUAUCAAGGCGACGGUGCCGGUGAACGCCGACGUGUACGACUCGCCGGCGAGCAACCCGGUCCCGUCGGCGGGGAAGUUCCGGGACGACGUCGCCGGCAUCAUGACUGACAUGGUCAGGUUCCUCAACCACAGCGGCGCGCCGCUCACCGUCAACAUCUACCCCUUCCUCAGCCUCUACGGCAACGAGGACUUCCCGCUCGACUACGCCUUCUUCGACGGCGGCCCGCCGCCGAAGCCGGUGGUGGACAACGGCAUCAACUACACCAACGUGUUCGACGCCAACUUCGACACGCUGGUGUCGGCGCUGAAGAAGAUCGGCUUCGGCAACCUGCCGAUAGUGAUCGGCGAGGUCGGGUGGCCGACGGACGGCGACAAGCACGCGACGGUGCCGUACGCGCAGCGGUUCUACUCCGGCCUGCUCAAGCGGCUGGCGGCGCGGCGGGGCACGCCGCUCCGGCCACGCGCCCGCAUCGAGGUGUACCUGUUCGGGCUCAUGGACGAGGACACCAAGAGCGUGGCGCCGGGCAACUUCGAGCGGCACUGGGGCAUCUUCACCUACGACGGCCGGCCCAAGUUCCCGCUCGACCUUCGCGGCGACGGGCGGCCGGCGAUGCCGGUGCCGGCGAAGGGCGUCAAGUACCUGCCCCGGCGGUGGUGCGUGCUGAGCCCGAACGCCAGCGACGCCAGCCGGCUAGCCGACAACGUCGGCUACGCGUGCUCCCGCGCCGACUGCACGGCGCUCGGGUACGGGUGCAGCUGCGCCGGGCUGGACGCGCGCGGCAACGCGUCGUACGCGUUCAACGUGUACUACCAGGCGCAGGGGCAGGAGGACUCGGCGUGCGACUUCCAGGGCCUCGCCGUCGUCACCGAGGACGACCGGGACGUGUCGCAGGGCGCCUGCAACUUCAGCGUCCAGGUCGCCGCCGCCGCCACGGCCGCCGCUGCCGCCGCCGCUGAGGUGGCGGCGUGCACGGCGGCCGUGCUGGCCGCGCUUCUCGUGUUGGCCUGAACUCGUACGCGACUGUAGAUAGGUGAAUCCUAUGGAAAUUUGUACCACUGUAUACUUUGUUUAUUUAUUUCUGCUUAUUUAUAAGAGUACCGUUUCUGCAUAAGAAAAAAAAAUUGCGUAAUUUUCGGCCUAUCACGAAGCAAGCCCGGCCCAAUUGAAGAAGAAAUUUCGGCCUGUUG